AGAUACUAACCUGUACUCCUGUGACUCUGUUUCAAUAUGAGUGACAGUACUGGAAGAAUCAACUCGAAAGCUUCGGAUUCAUCGUCGAUCAGCGAUCACCAAACUGCCGAUCUCAGCAUUUUCAACGGAUCCUUCGAUGGAGGUGCAUUCUCAUCGUCCAACAUUCCUCUGUUCAACUUCAUGGGAACUGGGAACCAGCGCUUCCAAUACUCGCCACAUCCAUUUGCCAAGUCGAGUGAUCCGUGUCGUCUGGCUGCCUUGACACCGUCUACACCGAAAGGCCCAUUGAACUUGACUCCUGCUGACUUUGGGCUUGCCGAUUUUUCCGUUGGAAACGAGUCGUUUGCCGAUUUCACCGCCAACAAUACGUCAUUCGUUGGAAACGUCCAGAGCAAUGUUCGAUCAACCCGUCUUUUGCCUGCCUGGGCUGUCGACAACAGCGGAAACAUUCGGGAUGACCUCACUCUCCAAGAUGUUGUUAGCAACGGAUCGCUUAUCGAUUUCGCUAUGGAUAGAACUGGAGUCAAGUUCCUGGAGCGCCAUUUCCCAGAAGAUCAUGAUAACGAGAUGCACUUUGUGCUCUUUGACAAACUUACUGAGCAGGGUGCUGUCUUCACCAGUCUUUGCCGCAGUGCUGCCGGAAAUUUCAUCAUCCAGAAGUUUGUUGAACAUGCAACCCUUGACGAACAGGAACGCCUCGUCCGCAAGAUGUGUGACAACGGAUUGAUCGAAAUGUGCCUCGACAAGUUUGCUUGCCGUGUGGUGCAGAUGUCGAUCCAGAAAUUCGAUGUCUCGAUCGCGAUGAAGCUCGUCGAAAAGAUCAGCAGUCUUGAUUUUCUGCCACUUUGCACCGAUCAAUGCGCCAUCCACGUUCUGCAGAAAGUUGUCAAACUGUUACCAAUUAGUGCGUGGAGUUUCUUCGUCAAAUUUCUGUGUCGCGAUGACAACCUGAUGACUGUUUGCCAAGACAAGUAUGGUUGCCGUCUCGUUCAGCAAACCAUCGACAAGCUGUCUGAUAAUCCGAAGCUCCAUUGCUUCAACACACGUCUUCAGCUCCUGCAUGGACUCAUGACAUCAGUGGCACGCAACUGCUUCCGACUUUCAUCGAACGAGUUCGCUAACUACGUCGUUCAAUACGUCAUCAAGUCCUCUGGAGUCAUGGAAAUGUACCGUGAUACAAUCAUCGAAAAAUGUCUUCUCCGUAACAUUCUAUCGAUGUCGCAAGACAAGUAUGCUUCCCAUGUUGUGGAAGGAGCUUUUCUCUUUGCUCCACCUCUCUUGCUCUCAGAGAUGAUGGACGAAAUCUUCGAUGGAUAUGUGAAGGAUCAGGAGACGAACCGUGAUGCUCUGGACAUCUUGUUGUUCCAUCAAUACGGGAACUAUGUCGUCCAACAGAUGAUUUCCAUCUGCAUUUCUGCACUUCUCGGAAAAGAGGAACGUAAGAUGGUGGCAUCGGAAAUGCGCCUCUAUGCCAAAUGGUUCGAUCGGAUCAAGAAUCGUGUCAACCGUCAUUCCGGCCGCCUUGAGCGUUUUUCCUCUGGAAAGAAAAUAAUCGAGUCGCUCCAGAAGCUCAAUGUGCCAAUGACGAUGACGAAUGAGCCAAUGCCAUACUGGGCUAUGCCAACUCCACUCAUGGACAUCAGUGCCCAUUUCAUGAACAAACUGAACUUCCAGAAGAAUUCCGUCUUCGACGAAUAAUGUAAUUUUGUGUAUGUACCCCUUACUGCCACAAUACCCCAGAUUUUGAACAUAUUUUAUCGCACCCCCAUACUCGCCCAUUGUACUAUUAAUUGUUUUUUAAUUGAUACCUACUCGCCUCUUUUGUAAGUCGCUAGAUUGUGCCUCUACUAGAAACGCCAUCUAGUGAUAAUAACCGACGCUUCGCUUCUUGUUGCAUAUGUAGUUGACCCCAUCGCGUACUUUUGUACAUUUUGUGCUUAUAUAACUUUUGUAACAUAAUGGAAGUAAUUUUUAAAGGUUGCUAUGGUGUCGUAAUAAAGACAAUUGUAGCUUGAAUCGUGUUUCUAUACUUUUUAUUAUAAAAUCAGUAUUUAUAAAUCAGUUGACUG